AUGUUUUUCUUCACUGGUGAUCUGGUCUACCCGACAGCCAACACGAUUGGCCUGGCAGGCAACGAAAAGGACAGUCGAGAUGCCGUUGAGCGUCUGGCGAACUACGUGAAGGAGCAGUCAGAGAAGCGUGCACCCUACAGUCGUCGGCGCGCCUUUGAUAACGAUGCAGACAUUGACUACAUCAACGAGCGCAACAAACGCUACAACGAACUCCUCGAGAGGCAUUAUGGCAAGUACACAGCGGAGAUCAAGCAGAAUCUGGAGCGUGGCACUGCUCUCUAA